UGGUGCGAAAAAGGCAAGAAAUUAUCGUAUGGAGAAACUCAGAGCACGAAGGACUGCCUUCCGUAAUAGAUUAUCGGGUUAAGUCUAUUAUCUUUAAAAAAUUUAUUAAUUUAAUUAAUAAAAACGCCCACACACGCGUAAUUAAGUUGUAGUGACAUAUUAUAUUUUCCGUUGUGAUUAAUAAAUAUUCAUAAUUUCUAGGCAUGGAGUCGAUUAAUCGAACACGUGUUAUCGCGGCAUAUGAAAACAUGAUAUCUGAUGAAUUACGUGCGUUAUUGAAUUCACGACCUCCUAAGGAUGUUUGUUGUCGUGCGAGAGCGCGCCGUGUAGCAAUACUUAAAUCAAGACGGAUAAAAGCGAGGACAAGACCACCAGAAACCGGGUUGGUGUUGCCGAUUUACGAAGAUGAUUACGUGCAUUUCCUCGCAACCGAUUCGGAUUCUGAUCAUGGUGAUAGGGAGGACCAAACAGACGACGAUAAUGCAAUGGAUUAUGAUUUUGUUGAACAUCUCGAUAACGCCGAUGAGUGUAUUAUGGAACAGGAAGGGUUUGGAUCCAUACCGAUCAUAAAUGUGAAACCUGGAUUAAAAGAAAACGGUACUUACUAUGGUUGUUUUUUUUAUAAUUCUUUAAAAAAUAUAAUUGAUAUUAUUGUGUACAUGAGUGCUUCUUGUGUCAGGUUAUUUUGAUGAUGGAGAUCCGUUUUAUACCUGUCAAAAUUGCGGUGCUUAUAUGUGGUUUGGCGAGCGUAUUAACAAACGUGGAGCUAAAAAUAGGCCUAUAUUUUCUAUGUGUUGCAUGAAGGGUAAAGUGGAGCUGCCUAAACUAAAAAAUCCUCCACCGGUGCUUAUGUCGAUGUUGUAUGGCAAGGAUGAGACAAGCAAAAAUUUCCGUGCUUUAAUUAGAGCAUACAAUAUGAUGUUCUCAUUCACGUCGCUUGGUGGUCAAAUUGAUAAUUCCGUGAACCAUGGGAAUGCACCGUAUG